AUGAGCAGUAGUGAUUUUGCCAAUAGUACCACUCAGAAGGAUAAGACAAAAGAAAAACUGAAGCAGUAUCUGAGAAAAUUGAAACAGAUAGUCUAUCCUGCAGCACAAAGUGGUGCCCAGGGGUCAACUCUUAGGGCAUUAAGACAUGUCAUCAACUCCAUACAAAAGAAUAAGGAAGAUGACAAGAAUGUAUCAUCAGAGAGGUGUAUCAGUAUUUGUAGUACAUCAGAAAGUGAAUUGGAAAUGAAUAUCUUGUCACUCAAGGCUGUGGAUGACUUACAGAUUCUAGUUAGUACAAAAGAAAUGAAGAUAGUACAGGUCUCACCAAGUCUGAGGAAGAUUCUAGGUUACCCUGUGGACAGUUGGAUUGGGCGAGAGUUGACCAGUUUUUUACACAGAAAAGAUGUUGUCACUGUAAACAGCAGUUUUGUCCUAGACGAUCCUGACAAAUUUGACACAUGUUUUUCAUUUAAAUGUAACUAUAUUGUUUUCUAG